CCUUGUUCUCUAUUUUCACCAUAAAUAUUAUAAAUAAUUUGUAUUUAUUUAAAUCAAGAUCUUUAUCUUAUGGCGUUCCGGAUUCGGCCUAAAAAUUCCGUAAAGUUGUUCGAAGAUUCGCACUAUUUUAAAACUAAAAAUAAAACAUAUAUUGUUCUUAUCCAUCUUCCUGAAUGUGGAGGCUUUGAAACUUAAAAUGAAAUAGAAAGUAGUUGAAAUUUUAAGUAAAAAUUCGUUAUGAAGAGGAUGUUUCACCCAUUGAUGGUGCUAACCCACUUCGUGUCCCUGCUAAACACACUUUGAGAUCAUAUGAGUGUGUUUAAAUACAAGUGUGUGACACACGAUCUAUGAUUGAACCAUAGCCAGAUGUGUGCCUCAGAAUUCGUCCUUAGGCAAGAGAUUUUCUUCUUCUAUUUUGGAGUUAUAAAGGUGGGUCAAGAGUGACAAAAAAUAUUGUGUAGGAAACAGUUGUCACCAUGAGCUCGUCAGAUGAAGACAUUCAAUGGCGAUGUGACAAGAGCGGACAGGAAAGAUUGACAGAUCGCAACAGGUCAUCUUACAAUUCUGAUUUCUACAAUCGACCACCAUCUUAUUCCUCAUCAGUCAGCAAUCAAACAGAGGUUAAGAGAAGGAUUAGCGAUGGGAACUUUGCUUUUUCUAGUACUUCUAAUAGCAGCACCGAGACUAGAGAUCUCUUCAGCAAGCCCUCAAACGUGACGGGCAGGACGUCACUUCUGGACGCCCUAGAGAUUUUAAAGCAGCAACAAGAGGAGAUCAAAAGAAUGCAGUCGCUUCACGAUCAGCAGCUGCAGCUCAUCUUGGACAGCCAGCCCAGUCUGCAGCACUACUUGGAGUCCGCCCAUCAGAUGUCGUUAGGUGAUCAACUAACUGCAGUGGAAGAUCAAGUACCUCCUCUGCCACCGAAAGGAGUUAGAAAUUCCAAUACAGUGGGUGUGUGCACUGGUGUCCAGGAAGAAACGAUCUAUGUCCAGUUAGAACGCCUCUAUGUGAAUGCCAAAAUCUUCAAGACCAGGAAUGCUGUGACACAGAGGCAGAGCGGGCUCUAUGACGACGUUCUGAGGAGUGAAAUCUGCUCCUUGAAGGAAGCCAAUAAGAAACUGAAAGAGAAAAUUAUGGACCUAGAGAAAAAACAACACAGUCAACGUGUCAGCAGCAGACUUGACCUGCAGGUUCCUGAUUCGACCUGGUCGCUGGGCUCUGGCAUGAAGGGAAGCAAGUCACUGAGCAGGCUGGACGACUCUAAGUCUGAUCGUCUCAGCACGUACAGUGUUAAUACACCAGCUGUGACAGGUCGACCCACCUCUCCAGUCCCUCCUCCUUUCUUGACCCAAGACGUCCAGCCCAGAGAUAUGACCUUUAGAUGGACCAUCAACAAUUAUUUGAGGAGACUGAGAGAAGAAAGGAGAAGCGGCACCAAGCAGAGUUCUUGCCCUUUUUAUUUGUAUCACUGUGGUUACAAGGCAAGGCUAGAGGUGUAUCUGAAUGGAAAUGGUACCGCCAAAAACAGGUGCAUCUCUGUGUUCCUGAGAAUCGUCAGAGGGGAGUAUGACAGAUACCUGAAAUGGCCAGUCAACCUUCACCUUGUUGUUACCCUGGUCAAUCAAGCAGAUAGUCGAACAGAUUCCCUCAAGGGAAGCGGGAACAUAUUCCAAUACCAGCAGCCGAUUGGCGGGUCUGACUUUGAAAGUGAUAGCUGGGGUCUCAUUGAGUUCGUCAAGCAUGACGUCAUCAAGAGUAAACAUUAUGUCCGAGACGAUCGUCUGGUCCUCAAAUGUAAUGUCACCAUAAUGGUAUGACCGGAUGCUGGACGCAUCACACUUGUACAGACUGUGUUUAUGACUUUUUUUUUAUUCACAAAGAUAAUAUAAAUUGACUGUCUAUCUGUGUGUCUGUCUGUUUUGUACCGUUUUAGUACAUGUUAUUUCAGCCACACUUUACACAGUUAUCUUUUGUACUUAACAAAACAUGAAUUAAUUAAAAAAAAACAACAACAAUUGGUCAAUUAAUUGGUGGCAGCUAAUUAGCGAAAUGAUGUCAAAAAGGGAAAUAAACCAUAAAGUGCUUAGAUAUUUAGUUAUACAUGUGGAUUUGUUCCCCUUUGUUAUGCAUUAUUUAUAAAAAUAUUUUUUUAUUUUGCUUGUUUCUUUAUAUAAAACUUUUAAAUUAUUAAUUAGAAAGUUGUCAAUAUUGGUUAAAGUAUUAUUGUAAAAUUGUAUAUACUUAUUCAAAUUGUAUAGUAUUUACAUCGAUUUUCGUAUCUAGUCAGUUGUUAUAUUGUUAUAGGAUAGAAACUAUUUG